CAAAUGUUCAAAUCUGUUCUCCGAGCCCCAGUUACCUUCUUCGAUAACAACCCAGUUGGCCGGAUCUUGAACAGAUUCAGUAAGGACGUCGGAGCAUCAGACGACAUGCUGCCUCCCACAGCUUUUGACACUCUUGGAGUGACCUUCCAAGUGCUGGGCAUCUCAUUUCUGGUCUCCGUUACCAACUAUUAUGUUGUAAUUGGCACAGUGAUCGCCAUGGUGGUCUUCAUUUGUCUACGAAACUUCUAUUUGAAAACUGCAAGGGAUUUGAAGCGGCUGGAGUCCACCACACGGAGCCCGGUCUUCUCCCAUCUAAGCGCUUCCUUGAACGGGCUGGCGACAAUCAGAGCCUCACGUACAGAGAGCAUCUUCAUGCAGGAGUUUGACAACCAUCAAGAUCGUCAUACUUCUGCGUGGUUCCUCUUUCUAUCCGGUACCCGAUGGCUGGGCAUUUGGUUAGACUGGUUGAUCGUCGUCUACCUCGCUGCUGUCACCUACAGUUUUAUGGCAGUUGGCAAGGAGGCACUGGGCGGGAAUGUCGGGCUCGCAAUAUCCUCGGCAAUGAUGCUGACGGGUAUGUUUCAAUGGGGUGUAAGACAGAGUGCAGAAUUGGAGAAUCAGAUGACAUCUGUUGAAAGAAUCAUGGAAUACUCUAAGUUGGAAGAAGAGGGAGCCCUCGAGUCACCGCCUGACAAAAAACCACCGUCGAACUGGCCUUCAGAAGGAGCUAUUGAAUUCGAGCAAGUGUCCCUCCGAUACUCCGCCGAUUCAUUGCCGGUACUCAACGACCUCACAUUCAAAGCAGCGGCAAAGGAAAAAAUAGGGAUAGUGGGGAGAACAGGAGCAGGGAAGUCGUCGUUGAUAGCCGCCCUCUUCCGUCUGAUAGAACCUGAGGGUCGAAUCCUCUUGGACGGAAGAGACACAAAAGCUUAUGGUCUCCAUGAGGUCCGAAGGGGAAUCGCCAUCAUUCCACAGGAUCCCGUACUCUUCCAGGGAACGAUGCGAAAAAACCUGGAUCCCUUCAACGAACAUUCCGAUGAGGCCUUAUGGAGAGUCGUGGAACAAGUUCAGCUGAAGGAAGCAGUCAGUGAGCUACCGGAGAAAUUGAACACGACACUCUUCGAAGGAGGGAGUAACUUCUCAGUGGGUCAGAGACAGCUUGUAUGUCUUGCCAGGGCCCUCCUUCAACGAAACAAAGUUCUUGUCCUUGAUGAAGCUACGGCCAACGUCGAUCCCAAGACGGAUGCCCUCUUCCAAGAGACUCUGAAGAAGAGUUUCAAGGAUUGUACGGUGUUGACGAUCGCACAUCGCUUGGAUACAAUCAUUGACAGCGACAAAGUUCUCGUUCUUGAUCGCGGAGAAAUUAAAGAAUUUGGGCGACCAUACGAGCUGCUGCAGAACAAGAAAGGUCCUUUCUUUGAACUAGUAGCCCAAACGGGAAAAGCAUCAUCAGCACGGCUUUAUCGCGCAGCCGCAAAGUCACAGGCAGAAAAAUUUCCAGAGAAGUUAGGCAUUCUAGCUCCAUCUCUAGAGGAAGUGCAAGAAGAGGAGGAUGAUAAAUUAUAACCACAUUCUGAAGAAAAUGGAGUAUCUACAGUGAAAGAAACUUCCACCCACCAAUAGUUUCUGUGAAUGAGCUGCUCAAACGGCGGAUCUCAGCAACAAUCCUCUCCCUCGUCUACCUCCCUUACCCGGUGCCGGAUCCGACCAACUUCUAAGAAUUUCUUGCCUGCGACGGAAGUGUCUUCACACGAUUUACGCACGGGCG